CUCCAUUGUUGUAAAUAGGCUAACGGGAGGAAGGGAGUACUCGCAGUCGCCUACCGUUUUAAAUGUUUGUUGUGUGAUUUGCCAAAUAUUGCAAGAACAAUGUCGGAGGAGAAGAAGGAAACAACUGCGAAAGAGGGUGGGAAAUCAUCCAUAGAUGACAGUGCUUUUGAAGCACUGGAAAAGGACUUCCAGGAUGUCCUCGGAGAGCUCAUGGGAGAUAGAAGUUUGGAAAAAUUCCGAACAGAAUAUGAAAAGCUACACAAAGCUCUGAAGAAGUCCCAUGAAAGUGAGAAACGUCUCAUGCAGAAAUGUCGAGAACUCAAUGCAGAAAUUGUGGCCAACUCGGCAAAGGUGUCCACUGCUCUCAAACUCUCACAAGAAGAUCAAGCUACCAUUGCCUCUCUGAAAAAGGAAAUCGAAAAGGCAUGGAAAAUGGUUGAUGCAGCUCAUGAAAAAGAGACCCGAGCAAGGGAGACAAUCCAGUCUCUGAAGAUGGAGAUCUCAAAUUUGAGCAAACUGGUAGAGCAGGGAGCUGGUCUCACCAUGGGACAGGAACACAGUGUGAAUGAGCUGCUGAAGAUUAAGGAGGAGCUGACGAAGGAGCGUGAUGAGCAGCUCCAGGAGAUCACCAGGCUCCGAGAGCAGCUCGCGGAAUCCACCAACCAGCAGGGCAGUUUGGAGCAGGAGCGAGCUAAUGCCGAGGAGAAAAUACAAGAGUUGUCUCAAGACAUACAGGUUCGCAACAACGAGGCACAACGUGAGGCUCGCAAGAAGGACAAGCUAGAGCGAGAGCUGAAGCAGACCAAGGCCGACCUUGAUGGUAAGGCCUCUGAGAUCAAGGCCAUGACUGGACAGAUCGAGAGGUUCAAACAAGACAUCAGCAAACUGGAGAUGCAGCUGAAGGAACAGAGGGUGUUCAAUGAGAGAUCACUGAAGGACUCGGAGGUGAUGCAUGCUCGCUUCACCAAGCUGACCACUGACUAUGAGAACCAGGUGGUCGCAGCUGACCAGCUCGCAGCAGAGAACCAGUCGAAAGUGUCUGACCUCAAGCAAAAAGAAGAUGAGGUCACAGGUUUGAAGGGCGAGACACAACGACUUAGUAAAGCAAGGGAGGUAAUCCAGAGGAAGCUACGCCAAGCUGAGGACCAGAAGGGAGAAGUAGAACAACAGAGGGAGACACUUAAGGGACAGGUCAUUGGUCUAGAGAGAGAACUGGAGGCUGCCAAGAAGCAGGGAGAGGCUGACAAGAAGGGAAUUGACGACCUGGUCAGAGAAAGAGACAUCCUCAACAAGAACCUGCUGAAGGCAGCCAGUGCCACCCAGAAGCAGCUGCACCUGGUGAAGCUCCAUGAGCAGAGCAAGAAGAACCUGGAGCAGGAGAUCCAGAACUACAAGGAGGAGGCUCAGAAGCAGAGGAAGAUCAUCUAUCAGCUGGAGAAGGAGAGGGACAGAUACAUCAAUGAGGCCUCCGAUCUCACACAGAAGGUUCUCCAACACAUGGAGGAUGUCAAAGUACGGGAGAUGCAGAUCUUUGACUACAAGAAGAAGAUUGCGGAGGCAGAGACGAAGCUGAAGCAGCAACAGAACCUGUAUGAGGCUGUCCGCAGUGACAGGAACCUCUACAGCAAGAACCUCAUAGAGUCACAGGAUGAGAUCACUGAGAUGAAGCGCAAGCUGAAGAUCAUGAACCACCAGAUUGACCAGCUGAAGGAGGAGAUCCAGGCCAAGGAGGCGGCACUGGUCAAGGAGCAUCUGGAGCACCAGAGGGUGGAGAAGGAGAAGGAGACGCUGAAGGCUGAGCUGCAGAAGAUGAAGCAGGCUGCUGCUGAGAGCGAGGCUUACAUCAAGAACCAGGAGGCGGAGGAGAGAAAGCUGCUGAAGAUCAUUGCUGAGGCUGAUGCUGAGAGAGUCAGACAGAAGAAAGAGUUGGAUCAGGUGAUUAGUGAGAGAGACAUCCUGGGCACACAACUGGUGCGACGUAACGAUGAGCUGGCCCUUCUGUAUGAGAAGAUCAAGAUCCAGCAGUCCGUCCUCAACAAGGGCGAGAUUCAGUACAACCAGCGGCUUGAGGACAUCCGGGUCCUCAAACUGGAGAUCAAGAAACUCCGUAGAGAGAAGACCAUCCUUCAGAAGAGUGUUGCAAAUGUUGAAGAUCUCAGGCGUGAGGUAUACCACAUCCAAAGAGAACUGCUGCGAGAGAGGACACGGUGCAAGGCUUUGGAGGAGGAGUUGGAGAACCCCAUGAACAUCCAUCGAUGGAGGAAGUUGGAGGGUUCGGAUCCCAGCACAUACGAGAUGAUCCAGAAGAUCCACACACUGCAGAAGCGACUGAUCUCCAAGACCGAGGAGGUUGUGGAGAAGGAGCUCCUGAUCCAGGAGAAGGAGAAGCUGUACCUCGAGCUCAAACACAUUCUGGCACGCCAGCCCGGACCAGAGGUCGCUGAGCAGCUCCAGAUAUACCAAGGAACACUCAAAGACAAGACAAAACAAAUGAAGGCAAUGGCAUCUGAACUGAACAUGUACGAGUCUCAAGUGAGUGAGUACAAGUAUGAGAUAGAGAGGAUUGCUCGGGAACUGCAGGAAGUCAAGAAGAAAUACUUCAUGCAGAAGAAGAAGGAACAGCAAGUCAGGGAGAGGGACCGAGCAUUAGCCCAGGCAGGAGCACCCAUCAUCCAAGCACAGAGAACAGAUGCACCUCGAUUCACUGGCGGUGGCUUCAAUCUCAAGGCUCCCAAGACUGCAGCAUAAUGGAACAUGGCACCAACUGUGAUACCUUUCUGUCCAUCUUCUCUUCCUUUUUUCGUAACUCAGUAUUAGCUCAAUAUUCCUCUUUUAUGUAAGAUUUUUGGCUUUAUAAUUUCCAACCCGUUUUGAAGGAUAUUUUCCUGUUAUAUCCUUCUCAAAUUAUUUGGUUCCAAAGAUAAAAGUGUAGCUGCUUCAUGUAAAUCAGCAUUAUAAACAGCUUACUUUUUAAAACCCAAAGUCUUUUGUUUGGUUAUUUUAUGUUAGGAAGAGAAGGUGUGAUAUUUUAAUAUCAAAUGCUUAACAUGUAAAGUGAACAUUUGAACAUUUUGUACAUUUGAACAUAUGUAAAUUGCAGAGUAUUGUAAAAAAUCAGUAUUGUGAUCUGUGCUAACUUUUAGGUUUUAUUUAUUCUAAAAUUCCGUCCAAGCUGCAAGAGUACAGUAUGUAUGGUACAUAUACUAGGUACAGAGAUGUUUUCGGCCAGAUAUGUACACGCAAGCUGUUAUAGUGUUACCUGUGUAUUGUUCUGUUGACCCUGUGUCUUGAAUACUGCGAUUGUUUUGAUAUAUACACGCGAUAAAACAACAAAUACA